AUGUGGUCAAUUACGAAGGAGAAGAGAAGGCUGGACCAACCAAAGCGUAUGAUCUACCUGCCGAUUCAUGUGUUGAUCGUCUUCGCCAACCUUCGGGUCUAUAAGGACACCACGUCACGACGCAACAAGCAACCGUUACACCCCAGCACACUGCUAGCCGAUAUUGAAGGCGAGACAACACUCAUUGUGGAGUUACCACCGCCAGACCAGCCUCUUUUCGAGCAAUGCGGAGUGAUUCGUAAGCGAUUCGAGGAAUGGUUUGCGUCCGAUAUGCUGAUAUCUGCACCUAAGCGAAUCAAACUCGACGAUGCUGAAGAAGAUAUAGACGACGAUGACGAUGAUGACGACGACGGCCACGUCAGCAGUGACAACAGCGCUAGGGCCGACACCGAAGCUAAAGAUCAGGACGAGGUAGCAUCCGCUCAACAAAUCCGUUACUUCGAUAUGGCCGAUUUUCCGCCGCUUGUCAGUUCAGCGGAUCGCUUUAAGAGGAUCAUGGUGCGCGAGGCCUACGACGUUAUCUUCAAUGGGGUGGUGGAACACGUGCAACAUUGUUUGGAAAACCAAUGUGCGGGACGUGUUGUUGUGACAGGCAACCCCGGCGUUGGUAAGAGCCGAUUCUAUCUCUACUGUGCGUUUCAGUUGAUCAAGGCGCAACUUGAAGUUGUCAAGUCUCUGCCUCCAUUCGAACUGGUGUUGAACUGCGAGGAGUGCUACUUCCUUUAUGAAGCCGAUCAGCAAGCGUGCCGAUAUUUGGAAGAAAAUGAAAUUGUCAAGCUUUCUUUUCAAAAAAAUGUACUCCGACUUAUCGAUGGGAGUUCCAACAAACUGGAACAUUGGUGUGGGGUUUCUGUGCUUAUCUCGUCGUCAAAAGACGCGACAAAGUGUCAGGAUUUUUGCCCGACCUUUAUUUUGCCGGUGUGGACGUUGGAGGAGCUAAAUGAGUACAACGCGCUAUUACCUGCCGAUUUGAUGUUGCAAGAGGAAGAACUGGUAGCAAGAUUUCACAAGUUUGGUGGGAUUGCGAAAUGUAUCUUUGCUAGAAAUCAAGCACCAGAGGACAUGCUACAAAUGUCCGCUAUCGCGUUUUUCGACGCGUUGACAGUGGUAAAAUACGCUCAAACCCAUCGAGUGGUGACCGACGAGGAUGACAUUCAUCGUAUACUCAAGAUGGUUCCUUGCAGCGAUUCCUUGCGCGACGGCUCGUAUUUAACCUUUGUGUCCGACUACGUUGGUGAGCACCUUAUUGACAAAGCUGAGGGUGACGAUCUGGUGAAACUUUCGGCGCUCGCCGUCACUUAA